UGAACGGUGACUAGAGUGGACACUGGACAUGUCGGGGUUAGAGCAUCUGAGUGAGAGAGACCGCGCGGUGCUGCGGAGUAUCUUCGACCCAACCGCCACUAUCGGCGAUGUGGCCGAUGAUGGGGAUCAGUUCGUUGAUGAUGAUGAAGACAGCACCGAGGCAGACAAGGAAGCUGCCGUACUCUUCCGCGAAGGGGUGCGACUCGCCGAGGGUGGGGACUUGGAGAACGCUCUGCAGACCAUGAACAGGGGGGUGGAGAUGGCCCCUCAACGCGCAGGGGGAUACAACGACAGAGCUCAGCUGUUGAGGCUGAUGAAGAGAGAUGAUGAUGCAAUGAAAGACCUAGAUCGCGUUUUGGACCUAACGAAGGGUAAGCGGACGAAAUCCCGCGCGCUCGCUCUCUGCCAGCGCGGGGUGGUCCUGCGAGCCAGAGGGAGCGACGACGACGCGCGCGCAGCCUUCACAGAGGCCGCUAAACUCGGGAGCGGGUUCGCCAAGAAACAAGUGGUAGAGUUGAACCCGUACGCGGCGCUGUGCAACCAGAUGUUGAGUCAGGUGCUUCGGGGAGAGAAAGACAUUCAAAUACAGCUGUAGCAGUUUGUUUCAUUUUGUUAUACAAUUUUCUAAAAAGCUAGACGUAGGAUAAGGGAUAAUAAAUAACUAGGCACAAUAAGUCUAACGGAAUUAGAAAUUUUUAUUGAGUACAAUUCACAAAUACAUUCGAGAAAUGCACACUCGAACUCGACUCGAUCGAGUUCCCGCACGGCACGCCAAAUCCACGAAAAUGACAAAUGUUACAUUCGAAAAUGACAAAUUUGAUGCUACAAUUCGAAAUACUGUCCGCUACAAUAUCAUAAAUAGAAGUAUCGCUAGAUUAAGUACCGAAUACUACCGAAAUUCUGUACUAAAUCUUACAUUUAAAAUUGGUUAAAUUCCAAAAAGGUAACAAUAAGUGGGCCAGACGACGGAGUCACGAACUGAAGAGCACUUUAGAAGGAGGAAGAGUUUGCGAUCAACACAAAAAAUCAUAGCAAAAAAAAAUA